AUGGUCGAGUCACUUUAUACACGGUUUAAAAGUGUAUUACUGGGCGAGAUAGUCAGUGAUGAUGUACGGGAUGAAAUCGCUGGUAACCUUGGAGAGGUUGAAAAUGACAUAGGGAGCAGCACACUUCCCUCUCAUCCAUAUUACCCGACCAACCUUGAGCUUCCAAACUACACAGAACCAACCUUUUCAAUGACCACAAUCCUGGCUGUAUUUCUCAGCGUUUUAUCACUGAUAAUAUGCUCCAGCCUAAUAAUAAUCUCAAGAUCAAAGAAUUAUAACAACAACAUAGUUCAUCCUCAAAACCAAGCAAACCUCAAUAGCAAAUAUAAAGUCUCUACAGCAAACAAAAUAAUCUUUACAUGGUUUGUGAUUUGUGGGUUCAUUCACACAUUUUUCGAAGGAUACUUUGCCGCCUUCUAUCAGACUAUGCAACAAGAUAACGGAUUGUUUGGUCAAAUGUGGAAAGAAUAUGCGUUGAGUGACUCUAGAUAUUUGACUGCGGACGCGUUUGUUGUGAACAUGGAAAGAAUUACUUCUACACUCUGGGGCCCACUUUCAUUCACCACUGCUCUGGCAAUCUAUCAAAAUUGGCCUUCACGAUACGUUCUACAAUUUGUAAUUUCAAUGGGCCAAAUUUACGGAUGCAUCCUAUACUACUGGACCACAAUAUUUGAAGGAAGUCCUCAUUCUCGUCCAGAACCAUAUUAUUAUUGGGGGUAUUUCGUAUUUGCUAAUGCCUUUUGGACGGUGAUUCCGAGUGCUUUGAUUUUUGACAGUUGGGUUCGUUUGACAAGUGCAGUGAGAGAAGAUUUGAAGAGAAAAAGUAAAAAAGUUGAUUGA